GGGACCCGAGGCACGCAGGGGUGGGACGGAGCGCUGAGCCACCGGAGGAGGUGGGACAGGGAACCUAGGAGGCAGGGGGACUGAGAUGGGGACACCCCAGGGUAGGGGUGUCAGGUGGGGCAGUGAAGGGCGAAAGCAGCGGCUGGAGGAGGGGGUCGGGGAGCAAGGGUGCAGAACUGAGGGGCUGUGGGCUGGCGGGGGUGUGGCAGAGCAGAAGGCCAGCUGGGGAUCUAGGACGCUGAGGGUCUAGGGCACCUCCAUUUGUCCCAGGUCUCCCUUCUCCCCUCUGUGCUGCCCAGACCCCCGCCCAGCAGCACCUGCACCUGUGCCGGGUGCCCAGGUGCCGCUUGCACAUGGCCUGUCCUCACCCUGUGGCUCUUUCCCAAGUGUUGAGUGAAAGCAAGGGCUUGAACUGCAGCCUUUGGCCUGGAAGGAACUCCAUGUAGGGAGGGGAUGGCUCCUUACCCUCUUUGUACAACCGAGAAGCAGCACCUGAUUGUAGAAACUGCGAUGCAGCACCUACCACAGUGGUGAUGGUGAUGGACUCAAGUCUUCAACCCAGCCAGCCACACACUUGUCCUCAUGGCAGCUCCCUGAGGCAGCUUCUGUGCACUGAGUGAAGACCAACAGGAACCCUGGCAACUGGCCCCCCGGGAUGGUCUGCGCAUGGCCUCUGGAGCCACACAGCAGAGCAACCAGAUGGCCGAGGAGACCCCAGGCUUCCUGGAGGCACUCCUCCGUGACUUCCCAACCCCGCUCAGCUCAGAGAGCCCUCUGCCAUGGAAGGCCCCAGGGACCACACUGGGCGAGGAGGAGGUAGAAGGCGAGCUGGCUGAGCUGGCAAUGGACUUUCUGGGCAGCAGGCAUGCUCCACUGUCACUUGCUUCAUCUCUGGCCCACCAGGCAGUGUCCCAGCUGUUGCAGACAGAUCUUUCCGAGUUCAAGAAGCUGUCCAGGCAGGAGGAAGAGGACGAUGAGGAACAGAAAGCCCCCGUGACUUUGCUGGAUGCCAGAGGUCUGGCGAGGAGAUUCUUUAACCAGCUCUGGGAAGUCUGUAGUGCAUGGCAGAAGCAGUUGCCGUUAAGUGCCCGGGGUCCACAGCGCCAGUGGCUGGUUUCCAUCCAUGCCAUCCGGAACACUCGCCGCAAGAUGGAAGAUCGGCACGUGUGCCUCCCCACCUUCAACCAGCUCUUUGGCCUGUCUGAUCCCAUGGACCGCGCCUACUUUGCUGUGUUUGAUGGUCAUGGAGGGGUGGAUGCUGCCAGGUAUGCAGCUGUGCACCUGCACACAAACACUGCCCGCCAGCCAGAGCUGCCCUCAGACCCAGCGACGGCCCUCAGAGAGGCUUUCCGACGUACCGAUGAGAUGUUUCUCAGGAAAGCAAAACGAGAGCGUCUGCAGAGUGGCACCACAGGUGUGUGUGCACUUAUCGUGGGGAAGACCCUGCAUGUUGCCUGGCUGGGGGACUCCCAGGCUAUCCUGGUGCAGCAAGGACAGGUGGUGAAGCUGAUGGAGCCACACAGACCCGAGCGACAGGAUGAGAAGGAGCGCAUCGAGGCGCUGGGUGGCUUUGUGUCUCACAUGGACUGCUGGCGAGUCAACGGGACCCUGGCUGUCUCCAGAGCCAUUGGGGACCUUUUCCAAAAGCCCUAUGUGUCUGGGGAAGCGGAUGCGGCCUCCCGAGAGCUGUCAGACUCUGAGGACUACCUGCUACUAGCCUGCGAUGGUUUCUUUGAUGUCAUCCCCCACCAUGAGGUCCCCGGCCUUGUCCAGAGUCACCUGGUCGGACAGCAAGGGAACGGGCUGCACAUCGCCGAGGAGCUGGUGGCUGCAGCUCGGGAGCGAGGCUCCCACGACAAUAUCACUGUCAUGGUGGUGUUCCUCAGGGACCCCCGAGAGCUGCUGGAGGGCAAAACCCAGGGCACCGGGGACUCCCAGACAGAUAGAGGAAACCAGGACUUGCCCUCUGGCCCCUUGGAGCCAGAGACCAGCAGUCCCCAGAGAAGUUAGGAAGUUCAGCUUCCCACUACCCCCAUCCUAAUCCCCUUCCCCCUCAGAUGCCUUAGGACCCAGCUGGUAGCAGUGGGCAGGCAAGCGCCACCUGUAGAACCCUUUCCCUUGACUCUUGAGCUGCUUGCAUUGGCCCAUCCUGAUGGUUCUGGAACUGCAUGGGGCAGUGGCUUCUGUGCCCUGCACUCCACAGGCAGGGGGACUAGUCAUGUUUGCUCAAGGGAAACCUAGGGGAAAGACUACACCUAAGAGUAGAGGUCUUAGAGUCCAGCCCCCUCUUCUCCUCACCCAGCAGGGGUGGAAGUAGAUGCUAUCGGUGCCAGCCCAAGCCAGACCAAAGACACCAGACAUCACGGUUGGGAUGCAGUGCCUGGGACAGUCUCAAGUGUCUCCUCAUGGCCGUAGCUGGGAAGUCUUAUACCCACAGUGACAAGUGUCCCUGCUGAGUCCUGGCUGGCUAAGCAGUGUCCCCAGCUAGGAAGGAGCAUCAGGAAUCUGACCUUAGAGCUGCCUACCAGCUUCAUGGCAGCUGUGAUGUGCGUGGGCCCUGCUUCCCUGUCCCCCUCUCCCCUCGCCCACUGUGCCCCACCCAGGAGUGGGAAGAUCAGAAUGACACCAUGUGUGUCUUUUGGUCCAUCCCCACCUGGAAAGUCUCACUCAGAAGCAGUAUUUCAGAUUUUGUCUGUUUUGUCAGUGCCAAGAUGACCCUGUGUGUCAUGUAACUUAAGCAGAGCUUAGCAUUUAUUUUAUUCCUUUCAGAAAGUUAAGUAUUUUUUUAGGGGGAACUUUUUCUUUUGCAGUAUUACUGACUUUUUUUUUUUCUAAAUCAGGAUUGAACUGAAUCUCUUCCAGAUAGUGUUAAUAAGCCACUCAAGUGCCUUAGCAGCUCUGAGUGGGACUGUGUCGGCCAAGCUCAUGACAGGGCCUAAGAGACCUGUUGAAGUUUUCACAGAAGCAGACUUUAUUCUGUUGCAGUGGCACACUUUUGAUGAGGAAUAUUCCUGGAAGAGUUCUUCCUGCCUCUUAGUGAUGUACCACUGACAGUCAGCAAAGCAGCCCCAGACUGUUCAGUGGGUCUGGGUUGAACACCCAGGGAUCCUUCCUGCCUCCCUCCCCUCCCACCCCUCUCCAGCCCAGCCCUACCAUUCCUUUCUUGGGCUGGACCCCAGGCUGAGGCUUCUAGCUCUCUGAGACAGGUCCUUGCAGUGUGACUGGAAUAUUUCAGGUUGUGAGUGAGUGGGUAGUUGAAUUGGUAUUGCAAAGAGGUGAGCCCCAAGGGAUCUUAUGAAUCUGUCCCACCCACCCAUGCUGCAGCCCCUUUGGGGCUGAUAACCUCCCCCUGCCCACUGCCCAUUCCUUUAUGAGAGUGUCCCAUGUGCCCUGGUGAACCCUCAAAAGGUAAAUCUCAGAAGUCUCAAGACUUGGGUGACUCAGGGAGUUCAUGUCACAUAGGAGAGACAUGACAUUUGAGCCGGGUUCAAUGUGGUAGGGCUGGCUCCAGCCAGAGGUCAGGCCCCCAGGGAGUCUGGGGCCAGAUCCCAAAACCAGAAGCAGCAUUCAGAGCCCGCCUGAUCCCAGUGGCCAGUUCAUUUCCCAGGGAAGGGGCUGUUCAUUAGGAAGGACAGGAGCCAGCCCUAGAGGGAUACCUUCUGUCAGCUCAAUAUUUGCCCCCCACACACACCCCUCCCAGGGCUAAAGAUGCUGUGACUUUUGUGGCCCAUGCCUCUCCCAAGGGCUCAGACUAACUAGUAUCUUAAACAUGGCCUCGAACUUCCAGAAACCAUGCUCAGCUUACUUUGAAGGCCUCGCUGCCACGGGUGGUGGGAAUAUAGCCACACUGUUCACUCAUAGUCUGCCGCCCAUGGGUAACCUUGGCAAAGGGAGGGAGCUCUGAGUUUUUAUUUUGGGUUUUUUUGUUUUUGUUUUUGUUUGUUUUUUAAUCUUUUUUUCUAAUUUGCUAAUCACAUUCCAUUGACUGCCUCCCAUCAUGAAGCUUAUUUGUAGCAGUCUAGAGAGCACCCUUGGUGUCUGACCUAUUCCCUGAACAAGCCCACCAGGACGUCCCUAGGCUGACUCCAGCUCUGCACAGCACCACCACCCUCCCUGGUAGAGGCCUGUCUGUCAGGUGUGGGCCCUGGGAGCUGCUGGUCCCUGCCUCAGGCCCAAGAGAGCCCUUGUCCUCUGCUAAAGAGUUGCUUAGCUUUUGCUAGCACCCAGACACAAAAGAGGGCUCCCACCUUGACUAUGACUAGACAAAACCACCUUGAUUCCGGGGCCACUUCCUGUCAAGCCACAGUCCCAACAGGGCCCCAAUGGUGGACACUUGAAACGUCCCUCCCUUUUUCAAGUCCCAUUUCUGCCACUGACUCUCUGAAUAAGCUAAGCAAGCCCAAGAAUCUCUCUGAACCUCAGUCGCCACUCCCCACCCCCACCCCCAUAUCAUGUGGAAGUUACAAAAUUUUUGCAGCAGCUCCUGGGAUUCUGGAGGUGCAGGGGCUCCUGGGGGAAGCUGGCUGCAUUCUGGGGAGAUGGUGCCAAUGCUGAGGCCCCUCCCUCACUGCCAACAGGGAGGAGUGAUUAAGUAUUAUUAGUGUCUAUUCUUAAAAUUAAGUGGGUUGGAAAAGAACUGCACUACAGAUGCCAGCGCCUUAUAUGUACUGCAAAAUCUGGAGAAGCAAGCCCAGCUUCACAGGUGCAGCGCAGGUAUGGGCUAGGAGCAUGGGCACAGGCACAGCUGACCUCUUCAGGGUGGCUUCAUCAUUGCUGCCAGCAGGCCAGGAGUCUCAGCGGCAGAAGCAUGGCCUGUCUGACCCAGCCCAGCCUCAGCACCCAGGACUAGGAAAUGGGUGUGUCUGAGGGGGGAGACUGACAGGGUGAGCCCCAUCAGAGAAGUACAGGUGCUCUAAGGAUUUGGGAAGGCCAUACCCUCCAAUACACAUGCCAGCACCCCAUCCCUACCUUUGUGGGCAGCUGGCUACCUUAGCAGUAUUCCCAGGCUGGGGUAGGGGGGCACAGUGUGGGUCACUCAGGCGUGCCCCACCCCAAGUCCAAUGGAAACCAAGUAAGCCAGAUCCCAAAAGGGGGCAGCUCCAGCCUUGCCAAAUGACCAAGCUUUGGCUUUCAUGUGCCCAUCGGCCUCGCCAAGGAUUUCUCUGCAUGACUCAGUGGAGCUCCUGGGACUUGGGUUCUGUGUUGGCAGCAGUCUUGUCCCAAGACAGGGCGUCCUGGCUAUAUUGUCCCUCUGUCUUGGGACAGGUCCUACACUUGGGAGGGCGACCAGGUGAGUGGCCUCCCAGGGACCAUUGUGCUCAAGUGUCAAAUAAACCACAUGUUCUCAUAAUAAACCCUCUUGCCAGGUCCUGAA